AUGUCGAGUCGGCAGAGAUACACGCUGAUUGCCCAUUCGUCGCCCCGGACAGCGGCCAUCCACGCGAUCGCGGAUCGCCAACGUCGGCGGAUGCACCAUACGUUCCUCCGCGCCGGCGUGCUCGACCGCGCGGACGACUCGUUCCGAGCUCGCGGCGUCGCGCUGUGGCAGACCAUGGGGCAAAGCCAGUCGUCGCACAUGCCGUUUGGUAUGCACGAGGUACUGGAGCACAUUGACGACGCGUGUACGUUGUGCGGUCGCAUAACCGCAGCCACCACUGACCCAGGAGCUGUGACGUGGCACUCGAACCUCAUUCGAAAGUACUACCUACCCCCAGCCCAACAAUUUGAGUUGGUCAGUCGGUCCGUCUUGGAUGACGCGCUGUCGCCGUCGGCUUCCAGUGACGUUGUCGACAACAAGGCGGUGUGGGUGCAAGUGGUGCCGCUAACCGACUCGACGUGCCGCCUUACGUUUGUGGUUCGCGUGGAUUUGGAGCGGCCGUACUUUUCGACUUGGCAGAGGUGA